AUGUUUUCUAUAAAGAGCCAAGAGCCUCCAUUCAGCUUGCUGAGUCCAGAGCAGCACUAGAGAGAGAACAGACAGCAGGAAAGGGUCCCUCACCUUGCGCACAAGAAACUGACCUCAGAACAGCGACAUCACAACGCAGCCAUGGCUCCACGCAUCUCUACCCUCUGCUUCUGUUUACUUUUCCUCUACUGCUGUUGCCUGACUCAGGGAGAGUUGGUGCUGGACUGUUGCCUGAAGGUCAGCGACAAAGAGAUACCCAAGAGUGUCAUUAAGGGAUACCACCAUCAGGUCAAGGGUCAAGGAUGUGACAUCAGUGCUACCAUCUUCACAAGCAAGCGCGGGCUCAAGCUGUGUGCUCCCGUUGCCUUGACUGUGGAGUGGGUGCAGACCCUCAUCACCUUCCAUGACAACAAGAUGAAGUGGUGCAGCAACAGGAAGUUCCGGCCAAAGAGCUGCAAUGGCUUGAAGGCUGAAAAUAACUGAGCCAAACUGCUUGAACUGGGAACAGAAAAUGCAGAAGAAGAACAAAACUAAAUGCCCAUGCCCAUCCU